UACGCUGACGUAGAAGAACGUAAACAGGAAGUAACAACCAGGCGAACGCGAACAGUGUUGUUGACGUUACUGCGUCGUGUUUUACCUCAAUAAUAUUUGAGAUCUACACAAACAGUCAAAAUGGGGAAACGCCAGCAUCAAAAAGAUAAAAUGUACAUCACAUGUUCAGAGUACACACACUUUUAUGGAGGAAAGCGAACAGAAAUCCCACAAGCAGACUUCAGACGGCUUCCAUUUGACCACUGCAGCCUGUCCCUGCAGCCGUUUGAGUAUCCUGUCUGUACUGAGGAGGGAGUGGUCUUUGACCUGCUGAGCAUUGUGCCGUGGAUCAAGAGGUAUGGUACUAAUCCGAUCUCUGGAGAGAAAAUGGAAAUAAAGUCCCUGAUUAAACUCAACAUGGCCAAGAACAACGAUGGGAAGUAUCACUGCCCUGUUCUGUACAACGUCUUCACAAACAACUCCCACUUCGUGGCCAACAAGGUCACCGGCAACGUUUUCUCUUAUGAGGCUGUUGACCAACUGAACAUCAAGACCAAAAGUUUCAAAGAUCUGCUGAGCGACGAACCCUUCACCAGGAAGGACCUCAUCGUCCUCCAGGAUCCCACAAACCUGGAUAAAUUCAAUGUUUCCAACUUCUUCCACGUAAAAAACAACCUGAAGCUGUUGGAUCCAGAUGAGGAGAAGGCCAAGCUGGACCCGGCGUACCACCUGAAGACCACCAACCUGGAGACCAGGGAGACCUUAGCCGAGCUGUACAAAGACUACAAGGGGGAUAAGCUCCUGGCUUCCACCAUGAAGGAGCCGGUAGCCAAAAAGACGGACAAACUGAACGCUGCCCACUACUCCACAGGAAGGGUUUCCGCCUCGUUCACCUCCACGGCCAUGACGCCCUCCACAGAGCAGCAAGCAGACGCCAUCGCGGACGACACCGUGCGCUACCGCUACGUGAAGAAGAAAGGCUACGUCCGUCUGCACACCAACAAGGGGGACCUGAACCUCGAGCUGCACUGUGAUAAGGUUCCCAAAGCGGGAGAGAAUUUCAUCCGUCUGUGUAAAAAAGGCUACUACGACGGGACGGUGUUCCACAGGUCCAUCAAGAACUUCAUGAUUCAAGGAGGAGACCCGACCGGCACCGGCACAGGAGGAGAGUCCUUCUGGGGGAAACCUUUCAAGGACGAGUUCAAGCCCAACCUGUCUCACGCCGGGCGGGGCGUCCUCAGCAUGGCCAACUCGGGCCCCAACACCAACAAGUCCCAGUUCUUCAUCACGUUCCGGUCGUGCAUCUACCUGGACAGGAAGCACACGGUGUUUGGAAGGAUUGUUGGUGGAUUUGAGGCCCUCACAGCCAUGGAGAACGUGGAGAGUGAUCCCAAGUCAGACAAACCAAAGUCGGAGAUCAAGAUCAUCACUGCGACCGUGUUCGUGGACCCGUACGAAGAGGCUGACGUUCAGAUCGCAGCGGAGCGAGAAACGGAGGUGCAGAAGCAGGAGGAGGAGAAGCUGCAGACCAGCGCGGCCCGGCAGAAAGCGAAGGAGGAGCAGGCGCCCAAAACGUUCAAAGCCGGCGUGGGGAAAUACAUCAACCCGGCCACGACAAAACGUUCGGCGGCUGAAGACGGCGCGGCGUCCACCAGCGGAGCGGCGCCCAAGAAAUCCAAGUCCAAGAGCAGCUUCGGAGACUUCAGCUCCUGGUAGAAACGACGCCGUCUGCUUCUUUCGCCUUUUUUAUUUUUAAUUUCAUAGUUGAUUUCAUCCUUAAAUGUGUCGUCUCUCUUGUCGUGUUGUGAAACGAUUAAAGUUACUU